GCGCACGCACGCUGCGCCGCCGGCGGGGCCGCCGCUCCCGAGGAGGCGGGGAGAGGACGAUGGAGGCGCGUAGGGUCUGGCGGCCCCGCUCACUGCCCGGGAGCAGCCGCGGCCGCCGCCAACACCGCCACAGCCACUGUCGGGGGCGACGCGCCGGCCUCUGAAAGGGGUGGUAGGAGCGGGAGGCUCCGCCGGGACGGGCAGCAGCCGGGGACGCGGAAUUGAAUUUCUCUCUCGCUGAGGUUCCUUCACUUCCAGUAUGGAGAUGAAUAGAGAAAAACUCUGUGGCAGUAAGGCUGAUGGGAGCUCAGAUUCUGCUUAUCAUUGCUCAACCUGUCACGAUGAUGAGGAGUGGAGCAACACUAGCCGGGGGCGAGCGAAGUCACGAAGUUUGUCUGCUUCACCAGCCCUAGGCAGCACCAAAGAAUUCCGGAGAACACGCUCCUUGCAUGGACCAUGCCCAGUGACCACGUUUGGACCAAAGGCCUGCAUGCUGCAAAAUCCUAAAACGAUUAUGCACAUUCAGGAUCCAGCAAGCCAGCGGUUGACAUGGAACAAACCUCCCAAGAGCGUCCUUGUUAUUAAGAAGAUCCGGGAUGCCAGCCUGCUGCAGCCUUUCAAAGAGCUUUGUGUGUAUCUUACUGAGGAGAACAAUAUGAUAGUGUAUGUAGAGAAAAAGGUGUUGGAAGACCCUGCUAUAGCUAAUGAUGAGAAUUUUGGACCAGUGAAGAAGAAGUUUUGCACCUUCAGAGAAGAUUAUGAUGACAUCUCCAAUCAGAUAGACUUUAUCAUAUGCCUGGGAGGAGAUGGAACCUUACUUUAUGCUUCUUCACUUUUCCAGGGUAGUGUACCUCCAGUUAUGGCUUUUCAUCUGGGAUCCCUUGGAUUUCUUACUCCAUUUAAUUUUGAGAAUUUUCAGUCCCAAGUCACUCAGGUUAUAGAAGGCAAUGCAGCCCUUGUCCUACGAAGCAGGCUGAAAGUCAAAGUGGUGAAAGAGCACAGGGAGAAGAUGACGGUGCAGAACGGUAUCGAAGAAAACGGAGUGGUCUCUGCAAGUAUAGAGAAAGAAGUGGGCAAGCAAAUCAUGCAAUAUCAGGUCCUGAAUGAAGUUGUAGUGGAUCGUGGCCCUUCCUCUUACCUUUCCAAUGUAGAUGUCUUUCUAGAUGGGCACCUGAUAACAACAGUGCAAGGGGAUGGAGUCAUUGUCUCCACACCAACUGGGAGCACUGCAUAUGCAGCUGCAGCAGGAGCUUCUAUGAUUCAUCCCAAUGUUCCUGCCAUAAUGAUCACCCCCAUCUGCCCUCACUCAUUGUCUUUCAGACCUAUUGUUGUUCCUGCUGGAGUGGAACUCAAGAUUAUGCUCUCCCCAGAUGCCAGGAAUACAGCAUGGGUUUCCUUUGAUGGAAGGAAGAGGCAGGAAAUAUGCCAUGGAGACAGUAUUAGCAUCACUACCUCUUGCUAUCCCCUUCCUUCGAUCUGUUUCCGAGACCCUGUGAGCGACUGGUUUGAGAGCUUGGCUGAGUGUUUACACUGGAAUGUGCGGAAGAAGCAAAACAAUUUUGCUGUUGAAGAAGAAGAAUUUUGAGUGUCUACAUCUAACAAGACUCAUGGGAAUGGAAUAUGGCAGUAUCCCUUCUAUAUGCUUGGAUAUUCAAGUUCUUGGCUAACGAGUGUGGUCGCCGUCUCAAGACACGUGUAGGGAUUCUAUCUGUCUGAUCUGCUGAGGGCUGGGAGAUAAUUGUGCUACUUCCUGUCUACCAAGAGUAGGAAUGGAAGAAAUUAGGCUCUGAUUGUUAUAAUCCAAUGUGAAUUUCCUUCACAUGAGCAAUCUGGGUUACUUCUGAUUGGUACUGACAAAAGCAUCUGGAGAUUUGAUUGUAACCUCUAACUUACCAAUUACAUGGUAGGCUGAAUGUAGAUACCUAACAGAAGAGCGGCAGUAGCAAAACGGCAUUAAAAUCUUCUGUUUGAUUUGGUAUAUUUGUAAUUCCAUUUAAGGAAUUGAAGUAAUUCCACACACACAUAAAGGCUCUAGCAAAUUUGCUUUUGAAAACCCCGAAGCUCCUCUUUGUUAGCUUAAAUGUCUUAACCCAGAGCAGCUCUCAAUCAAGACAGCUUUUAAAAUACUUCCUCCUUCCUCCUUCUACUUGCAAAUGUGACACACUGUGAAGAAACACCCCUGAAGAAUGUUUCUUUUUUAAUAGAUGGAACUAGUGGGGGGGAAAAAAGACUGUAUAUAUUUUUUAUAUAUACAUAUUUCUGUAUCUCUUGCCCACUUGAACAGUGAUUGACCCUUGGCUGUCAUCACUGUGUCAGCAUCCACAAACCCUGUGGGUGAACAUUAGGCUGGACUUGGUUAUUUCAGUGAUCUCCAUUUUUGCAGCUGAGCUGGUUUCCAGCUCUCCAGUUCUUGGUGGGGAAUCAUCAGUCUGGUGGGUUUUUUAUUAUUGUUGAUUGAUUCUCUGGGACAAAUGGUAGCAUUAGAGACUACACAGUGCAAGGCCACAGUUCCUCAAGCUCUCAAGAAGAAUCUAGUCUUCAGUUCCUACUAUAGUGUCUAGUUCCAGUACUGCCUUGAAGAAAAGCAUAUCCUGCGCUAGGCUCCGAAUGCCCUUAGCUUCCUCUGGUACCUUCCAGCUCUUGGUGCUGAGUAAUAGAGAAAGGGAUACUGCAGUGGCAGGCUGAGAAAGGAGAGGACACAUUCCCAGUAGAGUAGCAAUGGUGCCUUCAGCACACUCAAGAUAUUCUAAGUCUUGUAUUUACUUUUUUUAAGAUGCUUUCAACUGUUUCUAACUUCUCUAUGUACAUAUUUUAUUCUAUGUGCUUUUAUGAAAGAAAAACAGCAAAACCCAACAGAAAAGAAAGAUAGUUGGGGGGAAAAAAACAACAAAGGGUUUGUACUGUACUUAAACUGAAAAAAUAUCAAACCCAAGUGUAAUGUUUACAUUUAUGUUCUUUGUGGUGCAGUCUCAUGCUCAUCCUAUCCAAACUUCAGCAUUUUCAAAGUCUUGCUGCAUUGGUCAUUAAAGGAAUGGACAUGAUCUGUUACAUUUAAACCUAUGGCAUAAAACUGUGGAGGAAUGAAGUUCCUGAUGAAGGUGGGACUGCCUUGGAAGUGGAGUGAGAAACGAUGGUGAACCCUUCAUGAAUGUCUUACGUUGUCUUUGUGGUCCAAAGUGGGAAUGGGAAAUGUGUUCAUUUCCAAACUUUGCCUAACCUGCUGUCUUCUGAUGGUUUCAGUAAUGUCCCUUCCAUUUUGGAUGCUGCCCUAGUCUUGUCUAAUUUUAUGAAAUCCAGCUGAGAGCACUUUUCCAGGAGAGAGAAGCAAAGCCUUGGCUGAUGAUACGAAUCACAACGGCAAAUGUGUUAAUAGAAAGGAAUACUUGGUCUGUACAUUUUGUAAAAUAGAAUACUGGGUUGAUUUGGUGGAAAUAGAUGAAUUUUGUGCUAUCUUGGAGAAUAUCCAGACAGCUUUUGGGAUUUAUCUUUCACUUGAAGCUGCAGUCAUUGUUUUAUCACUGUUUUGAAGCUGCUUACGGGUUUCCUCGGUGGAGUAGUCGGUUAUUUAAUAACUGUCUACUUUUUGAACUCUAGAAAUGUCAGAUUGUUUU